AUGCAGCAAUCUCAAACAUAUUUUGAAGCCAUGUUCACAAGCGACAUGGCUGAGAGUCGUAUGGUCUUGAAGUAUUACUCGUUCUGUCUUUACAUUCCAGAAGAAAUAGAGAUAGUGGACAUGGAAACUUCAACGUUGGAAACUCUCGUUGAUUACUGCUAUUCUGGUAAGAUAGUGAUCAGUGACGCCAACGUCUCUAGUAUUCUGCCCGCUGCAUGCCUACUUCAGCUGGACGAAGUUCAGGCGGUUCUUUUACAGAAACAGUGCUGUGAGUUCCUGAAGAACGGGCUGAAUCUCUCAAACUGCUUGGGAAUCCGUGUGCUUGCUUACACAUAUUCCUGUCAAGAGCUUCUUCAUAGCGCUGACAAGUAUAUCUUGCGCAAUUUCCAGGACAUUCUUGGCACUGAAGAGUUUCACCAACUGCCAGUUGACCAAGUAAUUGAACUCAUUUCAAGUGACGAGCUCCGUGUAUUUACAGCAGUGCUGCAAUGGGUUAGGUUCGACUUGCGAGAUCGAAAGCAGUCUCUUUUCAAUCUGCUAGAGCAUGUACGACUUCCAUUCUGUAAUCCAGAAUUUCUUGUCAGCACAGUUAGUGAUAACGCGCUAGUGAUGGAGAAUCUCGAUUGCCGUGACCUCGUCGACGAAGCAAAGAAUUACCAACUUCUUAAAGUCAUACACAAAACACCGAACAUGCUUGGACCGCGCACCCGCCCGCGAAAAGUGAAGGUUCACGAAUUAAUAUACGCGGGUAUGACAACCAACCGGUUACAAGGUGGUCUUGAUAAAUAA